CAUGAGUCUCCGUGUGUUCAGGUAGGGAGGAAGUGACGUCUGUAAACGGAAGAGCGCUGCAGGUCUGGCUGUGUUGUGUAUUGUACAGGAUACGGGCGGAAUAAUUGGACAUGUCACUGGAAAAGAUAAUUAGAGUUACGCUAUCAAGUUUUAUACAGUCCCAUAUCCCAGAUGCUGAUCUCAGUUCUAUGGAUGAAGUCUUCUUCUCAUAUGUAACCGGGUUGUUAGAAGAGCUGGGAUCACAAGAGUCCACAGAAGAGGAUUUUGAGAUGGAAACAUUUAUAGAAAUGUUGGAGGGCUACAUUCCUGGUUUCGCAGAAAUUGGGAGCGAUAAAGUUUAUGAAAUGAUGUUUGAACUGUCUGGGCGGCUAAGUGAAGCACGUAAUAAAGAACAUUUUUCUCCUAAACCAUCAUCGGAGACUUCAGAUUUAGUUCCAGAAUCUGAUGGAAGUGAACCCCCUCAAAAUAAAUUACAAGUGCAAUUGGAAGGCGCAGAGGCCCAGGAAAAAAGUGAAUUGAAGAAAAAUGUUGAUGUACUGCUAGAAAUGUUUCCAUGCUGCAGUUUGCACCAAGCUGAGAACGUUCUCUCUAUGGCUAAAGGAAAUCUCGAGGAUGCAGUUCAUAUUAUAGUUGACAGCGAGGGGCAGUUUGACAAUGCCUCUGAGACACAGGAAUUACAGAAGGCUCCCAAAAAGGAAGACUUGAAAGACUUUAUUUUACAGAAAUACAUGUUAGUUGACGAUGAGGAAGAUAAAAAGACUCACAGACCACUAAUGCCAAAGGAGGCCCCAAAGAAAAUGAUUCGAUACAUUGACAAUCAGGUAGUGAGCACAAAGGGGGAACGGUACAAAGAUCAAAAGAAGCCUGAAAGCGAAGAGAUGAAGAAAACCUACAUAAAUCUUAAACCUGCUAGGAAGUACAAGUUCCACUGACAGCUGAAGUCACUGCAACCUUUUCUGGCUACGUCUUACCUGAAUUAUGUGCACUGGAUAGGUAGAAAACUCUGUUCUGGAAGCACCAGAGAACUGCACUGUAUGUUGCAUUUUUUUUUAAUUAUUCGCUGUUCACUGUGUGAGGCGUGGAUAUUCUCUUCCCAAAAAAAGCAAUACAUAACAUCGGGGGAAAGCGUGACAACCGCACACGUAUGUAAAUAUACCACAGAUGUAUCUAUUUUAAUAUAGUCAAUUUAUUAUUUGCAGGUAUUGCAAUGAUUUGUAGUAUUUUUAUUUUGUGCUUACUCUGGUGUUUGUGUCAUUUUGCUGCUCUCACUCUUGCCAUGUGUAACUGGAACAUCCUAGAAACUGUGCUGUACUGUUGUGAAGUCUAUCAUCUGCCAGCACUGUCACACGGGAUGAAAACAAAGAUCAAAACUCUGUGUAUUUUGGAUAAGAAUUGCUAUAGUGUUGGCUGUUUUAUAUGAAAAACAUAGAUAAAAUACAGAAACCUUCAAUAGAAAAUGUGUUCUGUAACAGUACCAUGUAUACCAGGGAUAAGCAAUUAGCAGAUCUCCAGCUGUUGCCAAACUACAAGUCCCAUCAUGCCUCUGCCUC